UUUGUAACAUUUAGGUUAUGUUUGAAUUAACCUAAAAAUUUAAAAUAAGAAAAUGUUGAGAAAUAGCUCGAUUCUGAACGUAACAAUAAUAAAACGAUGGUAUUCAAACCGAAAUAUGUUAAAAUUAAAAGAACGCGGCAUGUUUCAAGAACUAUUUCCAGAAAUUUCAGCCGGAGAAGUUACAGAUUUAUUAAAUGCAAAACCUCAAACGGUGUACGCUGGUUUUGACCCAACAGCUAAUAGUUUACACAUCGGAAACCUUUUGGUAUUAGUAAAUUUAAUUCAUUGGCAGCGGGGAGGUCAUAAUGUUAUAGCUUUAUUAGGGGGUGCCACAGCUAAAAUAGGUGAUCCAAGUGGUCGUACAACUGAAAGGGAACAACUUCAAUCUGUUUUAAUCGAUGAGAAUUUAAGUGGGAUUAAGAAAAAUAUUGAGAAUGUUUUUAAUAAUCACGAGAAUCUUUUAUGGAAAGAAAAAGAUGUUUUACCCAAAGUAAGGAUAUUAAAUAAUGAGGAGUGGUAUAACAAAAUGUCUCCCAUACAACUUAUCGGAAACGCUGGAAGAUUUCUAAGAAUGGGGACUUUAUUAUCAAGAACAAGUGUACAAAAUAGAUUAAACUCAUCAACAGGAAUGAGUUUUACAGAGUUUAGUUAUCAAUUAUUUCAAGCGUACGAUUGGUUACAUUUAAAUAAAGAAUUUGGAUGCAGAUUUCAAAUUGGAGGAAACGAUCAAAUGGGCAAUAUCAUGUCAGGACAUGAUUUAAUUAGUAAAACUCAAAAACAAAGCGUAUAUGGACUAACACUACCGUUAAUUACAACAGAAGAAGGUGAUAAAUUUGGAAAAUCCGCGGGAAAUGCGAUUUGGAUUACAAACGAUAAAACAUCUCCAUUUUCAUUUUAUCAAUUUUGGGUUCGACAACGUGAUAACGACGUUGAAAAGUUUUUAAAAUUAUUUACAUUCGACACAAUUGGAGCUAUCAGCGAUUUAAUGAGAAAACAUCGAGAAAAACCUGAAUUAAGAUUGCCCCAAAAAUACCUAGCUGAACAAGUUACUUUGCUUGUUCAUGGUGAAGAAGGUUUAAAAAAAGCGAAUGCUGCCACUAAAGCUUUGUAUGAAGGUAGUGUAGCUGCUUUAAGUUCAAUGACAGUUGAAGAAGUUGCACAACUUUUUCAAGGGGCCACUGUUGUUGAAGUUUUACCGGAAGCGGGACAAAGCAUUUUAGAUUUGGCUUUAAAAGUUAAAUGCUUUCCAACUACUAGUGAUGCUAUAAGAAUAAUAACAGCAGGUGGGUUUUAUGUAAAUCAACAGAGGGUUUCAAAUCCAAGCGAGGUUAUUACACAAUCUGCUCACCACUUAGAAAAUAAUGUUACGUUAUUAAGAGUUGGAAAGAGAAAUUAUUAUGUUAUAAAAUGGAUGUAAUAAAAAAAAAGUAUACACAGUGCCUGUAAUCCUACACACCUAUGUUUCUGAAAUUUUGCUUAUAUAGGAUGUUCACGUCCCGAUCAUUCGAUCUAAAAUAUUUUCAAGAUGGUCGCCACUUUAGGUCCACCCAUAUAUACAGGAUGUCUCAGCGAGACCGGUCAUUAGACUUUUCUCGGGUUCUGGCCAAACAAAAAAUUUGAGAAUGCAGACUUAAGAGGAUAACCUAUUAGCGAAAACAACGAAUACCAUUUUAUUCAGCCAUCGUUUAAAAUUUUUGUAUGUUUGUUACAUCAAAAUUUCUAUUUUUUUAUAUAGUUUUUAGUGAUGCAUUUAGUUUUUUCAAAAAAUGUCGCGUAACGUUUCUAAAAUCACGUUUUAAAAAAUUUUUAAAAACGGAAUGCAUAACCAGGUAGUGAAAUGUAAAGUAAAUCAUAUUUAAAGAGUUCAAUUUUUUUAUUAAAUGCAGCAAAUUUAAAUAAAAUGGGUUUAAAACGUU